CUACAACUCCCGGCGGGCCUUGCAGCGGCCGUGCUGCCGCUCUGGACGGACUAGCUGUGGCGCCGUGAUGCUUUUGGCAGCGGCCGCCGAGCGGAACAAGGAACCAAUUCUGCGCGUUCUGCGGCAGUAUGUGGACCCGGCUCAGCGCGGCAUUCGCGUGCUGGAAGUGGCCUCGGGCUCCGGCCAGCAUGCGGCCCACUUCGCGCGGGCCUUCCCCCUUGCGGAGUGGCAGCCGUCUGACGUGGACCAGCGCUGCUUGGACAGCAUCUCGGCCACCACUCGAGCCCAGGGAUUGUCCAACGUGAAGGCUCCGCUGUACCUGGACGUGACCUGGGAUUGGGAGAAAUGGGGCGGGAUCCAGCCGCAGUCGCUGGACCUGCUACUCUGCAUCAACAUGAUCCACAUCAGCCCCCUGAACUGCACCGAGGGGCUCUUCAGAGCAGCAGGACACCUGCUCAAGCCCAAGGCGCUGCUCAUCACCUAUGGGCCCUACGCUGUCAAUGGGAAGAUUUCUCCCCAGAGCAAUGUGGACUUUGACCUGUCGCUCAGAUGCAGGAACCCAGAGUGGGGGCUGCGGGACACAGCCUUCUUGGAGGACCUGGGCAAGGCCAGCGGUCUUCUCUUGGAGAAGAUGGUGGAUAUGCCAGCCAACAACAAAUGCCUGAUUUUCCGGAAAGAGUAACCCUUCUUCCUGCAUGCCUAUGUCCCCAGUGAGGCCCCUUCUGGGACAAACCCAGAUAGCCAACCCCUGCCUCCCUGGACCAGGCCAUGCAGACUGGCCUUGCCCAUUCUGGGGGCUCUUGGUCAGUGGCCACAGGGCUGCUGAGAGCCUGGGAAUAAAGUGUUUCCUGCUAUCCUA